AUGAAAGGCAGAAAGAUGGCAUUACUUUGUUUACCGCAAGCUGUAACACAUUACCAGAUCGGGCAUUUACAAAGCCGCAAGGAAGUCGACGUGACAGAGCUCAAGCGAAACCAUGCUGACGCUGACGUUGCAGCUAUUGAAGAGCACGCCCCAGAAGAAAACAAGAGAAUCCUCCAUAGGAUUUACUCAACAUUGUUGCCUAUUGUGGCGAUUUCAUACAUGUUCCAAUUCCUGGGCACCUCAGUUAUCGGAUUGACAGCCAUUCUGGGACUCCGUGACACCUCAGAGGCAAAGAUUUCGGGGGCAAACAGCACCUACUACUUUGGUUUCAUCGUCGCGGCAUACCCGCUAAUGAUUGCCAUCGCAGUUUGUAGCGCUCUUUGGGGCGCCGUGCUGAUGCUGACAGCCACGACUACCAAUGCUGCGGACCUGCUGGCCCUUGGCUUCUUCCUGGGCGUUUGCGAAUCUCCCAUAGGCAGCACGAUCGCGGGUAUAACUGGCGAUCUGGCUUCCCACGGAACCGGCCACAUGGAUAGCAUUGCGCAUUGGAAAGAUAGCUUGCGCGUAAAAGGGACCAUGGCUGGCAUCAAAAGCUCUCAAUUCAAGCGGAAACAGUGCCAUGAGGUUGCUCUCGACGUCAAGACCUGGUUCAUUGUCAUCAUUCAGCUGUGCGGAAACAUUCCGAGCCGUGGAGUGCAUAGCGUACGAACCCUGCCCAACAUUCACCUCCGAAUUAAGCUAAUGACUGACAAAAAGUGCAUUUUGGGGUCGUCAUCAUCCACGGUGGGCUUCGACACGUUUCCCACGAUACGCCUACAAACCGCUAGCUAUGUCUACCAAGUAGCGGGCGUGACUGAUGUCAUCGGGCCUGACCCACAGCUGAUGCUACCUAGCACCCGAUCAUAUCUGCAAUCCCAUCUUCGUCUGUCAACCGCUCAAGGCAACUCCCCGUGCCAUUACCGGUCCGACCUUUCACCCGACCCCGACAACAGUCACGAGACAAAUGCGUCGAAAUGCUCGCAUUUCAGACUGCAGCCGAACCAGUGCUCUGACGACGCGGCAAGAGCGUCUACCAAAUUUGCAUGCGACGACAAUGAGGCGGACAGAGUGAGGCGGACAAAGUGA